AUGUCGGUCCUGGGCAAAGACAAGAACCGCUAUGCCGCAGAGGUGAGAAAUAGAGCGAUGCAGAAACAGUUAGAGUUUAAAGUGACCCAACUGGAAAAGGAAAAACAAAGAGAACUGAGGAUGUUCAACAUCGAAAGGCAAAAAUUCAAGUCGAAGUAUUCCAAAUCAUCAAAUGAGGCGCCUGAAGUUACAAUGUACCAAACCCACUACCCUGGUUUCUACUACACUAGCGCAGGAGAACUAAGGAAUUCCCCUACUAAAGAGGACCAAUCUGCCACCGCCGUACAUUUCGAACACAUCCGCUCCUUGAUCUUCACCGAAGACGAAGUCGACCUGGAAAAGAUAAUAUGCCUCCACCUGCUAUGUGUCCAUAAAGCCGAAAGCUUAACACCACCUAGGAGCAAGGCGAGGUGCAUGUGCAGGGAACAUUCCCCCUGCGAGAGGCUGAUAGAGAGGUCCAAAAAGGGGUUCACCAACUUCGAGAGGCUCUCGAAGUUGCUGCCGUUAUACGCAAUAGACCUAACAAGGUACGAGCAAUCAAUGGGGGAGCAAACCAGCCCACUUAUUAACGACGGAAGACUGGCUUCCAGAAUCCUGAUAAACGAAAAACUGAUGGCGCUCAUCAACACUGUCGUCACAACCCUGGAGAAGGCCAACAAGGAAAAGUUCUGGCAACUUCUAACGUUGGGCAACAGCCGAUGUAAGAUGCGAAGGUUGCUGGAAACCGCGCACAUUGCUGAAUUCGCGGAUUUUCUACUCGAUCAUCCGCUACUACAUAGUUGCGAUGCCUUCGUACUAACUCCUCCUUUCAAGAUUAAAGUCCAGUGCCUCGAGAUCAAAACUAGUCAGGGCAAUUUAGAACACCUCGUCAGCCACUUCCGUCAGAAUAUCUUACAACAGCCAACAAUGCCUAUGGAUGAGGGUCAGAAGGAAGAGGCUGAAAAAGAGUAUGAACCGCCCAAGGCAACUGCUAGUAUCAUACCAUUGCCAAAGAUAGAACAGAGAAAGUCCAGUGAGAUCUCCGUCAGGUCUUCUAAAACAUCUGCAAAGGUGGAUUUAAAAAGGAACAGAAGGUCUGUCGAUGAUCGACUCGUGGGGCGCCACAUGAGGGUCAACUUCGUUGCUAGAAACAAGGAGGACGCCAGUAGAACCAAGAGGAUCGAUUACGACGUCGAGGACGACUUGAUUCCAAGAAAAAGGUCCUCCACAGGCAAAAUGAAAAUCAUUGAGCCUAUAAUUCCCAUAAAGAACGCAUCUAUGCCCGCUGUUGAGGAAAAUGAGUCUGAUGAAGAAAAGUUCAUUGAAAGCGUAGAGAGCAACAAAAGCAACAAACCGGAAAGUGAGACCCCUAGCAACGAAGAAAAGCCAAAACGGAUACCAAUCUGGGAACAGCGCGAGCCGAAAAACCAAAUAAAACAGACGACUUGCCCCGCUUGUAUGGAGAGGUACAAGAUGCCCCUGCCGACCCCGAAAACCCCAAGCGUCAAGAGAUCCAACGUCCUUCCAGAAAUGUACGCCAACACUCUGAGGACCAACAGCCAACACAGGAUAUCCAUAAUGAUCAACAACGCCAUGUACAACCUCGAGUCCUACGACCGGAGAUAUUCCCCUGAGAACGAAUAUUCAAGGAGAACCAGUCCCAAGCAAGAAGUAGAGGAUGAAGCCAUGGAUAACGUCUACCUGAAUCCCGUAGAUCUGAUGAAGAUCAAGCACGAAAUCAACAAUAAAGAGGCGGAAAAGAAAGUGGAAAAGUUUGUGGAUCGAUACUCGAACAACGAUAACGAAUAA